UGUUAUCGCUGCUUUAUUCUGAAAAACAGGGUUACUACGCGAGUGUUUUGCGUCCCAUCGUGGCAUUUUCAUGGAGUUUCUCAUGCGAGUAAUAAAAAACACACUAACGAGUCAGGCGAGGGUCAUAGCUAUCAUAAAUUGCGUCUACUUGUAUUCAGCGCCUAUGCUUAAAAUUAAUUUUACUGUCUGAGCGCCACUUCCUGAUACACCUGUUUGGCAGGUAGUGGUAGGGCGGUCCGCCUAGGCGACGCUAUCGGAGACUGAGUCAUGAAAAAUUGACUAUGGGCGGAAUUUUACUGAAGCUUUGACGCAACUUUGGACCUUUUUUUUUUUUUAAACUUCACGCAUUGGAGCCCGUUUCCCCCCCAACUUCAAAAUGCGUCGACCGCUCCGAAGAACCAGCGCCCUGAACGUGGUUUUGCUGUUGUAUUGGCUCUGCUGUUUGGCUCCUUCCCCAGUCUCCUCCAUCAUAGUGACUACACCACCAGAGGUCCAUGCAUCUAAAGGAGAUACUGUCACAUUGUCCUGUUCAUUUACUUCCACAAGUAGGCCAACUAGUAGGAUGACAGUUGACUGGUCUUACCGGCCGCAGAGCGGAGGUCCACCAAUGAUGUUUCUCCACUUCUCCUCACGGGCGUACCCGCCAACAGAGGGUCAGUUCGGCGGUCGAAUCCGGUGGCAAGGCACCCCGGCACGUGGAGAUGCUUCAAUCUCUUUAGUCAAUGCCACACUGAAUGACAAUGGGACCUUUACAUGCACAGUCAGAAACCCACCUGAUGUCCACGGGUCCACGACUUCACACACUGUACUUACUGUCACACCAAGGGUGCCCAGCAUUCGCUUCUCAGAUGUUGCAGUCCUCCUUUUUUUCAUCCUCCUUCCCUCUGCUGUCAUAACCCUCAUUCUUAUUGGACGGAUGAUGUGUCCCAAGAAAGAGCGUAACCAAUCAAAGGCCCACAGAUCACCCAUAGAGGUCACAGAGGGGGAUGAAUAUGGCAUCCCAGGAUACAACCACAAAGAAGAUAGGGCCAAAUGCUGUGACCUAUAUGUGAUGGACUCAGACGAAGAGUAUUACUUAAAAGACUUUAAAAAGAGGCCUCCUGAAGCUGAAGGCUAUGCUGACUCCCACUGCUAGAGAACCCCGGUGGUCAGGAGAUGUAACUGCAGCCUGGUGCUUUAUAGGAAAUCAAUGCAGGAUUUCUAUCUUCUAUGUCACAGUCCACCACUCAGCCACUCCACCACUUGGUGAUGAGGUUUGUUUUGGUGACCUCUUUGGUAAAUACUCCAUAUAUUUAACACUAUGCAAAUAAUUAGAUUUUCUUUUGUAUUCCCAAGCUCAUGCCCCCCCCCCCCCAAAAAAGAAAAAAAAAAGCUAGAAUUUAUAGGCUGUUUUGACUGUUUUCACAUGACGGAGCUGGGGAUGAGGAGAAAUCUAAAGUCUGUGGUGUGAAUAUGGUAUUUACUUUUUAUUCUGUGUGCACAAAGCACCAUGGCUGGUACUGUUUGGCAAACUGUCCUUGUGUAUGCAAUGCAUGCAAACACAAAUAUUCUUUUCUUUAGUUUUUUUUGUUUUUGUUAGUUUUUUGGAGAUGCAUACAUUUUUUUUUUCUAAUUUAUUGCCUCCAUCAGAGUGGCUGUGUGAUAUCUGUCAGUGUCUCUGUUUUACUCUUGUGGAACAUUUCUGUCAUAUCAUUAAUAUUUGUAAAAAAAAAAAAUAAAAACGAAACAUUAACUGAGAUCACUCAUGGUAUUUAUAGUCAGUACUCUGUUUCACUUCCAGCAAUAACUGUAUGCAUUUGCUUUUGGAUAGUUGUUUGGAGGGAAGUCCUGUGUUUGACUGCAGAUGUGGUUAUGUAAUGUAAUAUAACGGUUUUGGAUGCACACCGUGCUUUUGCAUCUCUUUUACACAAAUAAAUUGAGCUGAUUCUUU